AUGGGGGGCGGAUCUAAUUUCCUGUGCUUGACAAAGCAACCGGAAUAUACAAAUCUACGAUCACCUAACAUUGCAAAGAAUUUGUAUGGCGUGGAAACCGACAUAAAUGGAUUCAGUCCAAGUAUUGCUGACAAAGAUAUGACGUGCGCCGUUUGUCUCACACAAAAGUCGUCUGUCUUAAUGGUACCUGGAACAAAGUCCUGUCCGAGCGGCUGGAAUAUGGAAUAUUGGGGAUAUCUGAUGUCACAUGGUGUUGGUGGAACUUGGCAGCCAACACAGUACAUCUGCACAGACAACAGACCUGUAGCAGUACCUGGUGGCGAUCGUGAUAAUGGAGAGUCGGUGGUUUAUUUAGUGGGAGGUGUUUGUGGAUCUCUGAAAUGUCCUCCUUACAUCAACGGUAAACCUUUGACAUGUGUUGUUUGUUCACGCUAA